AUGGAACAACAAACCUUGGAUUUUAUCGUCGCCGGUACAUGGUUCACGCUAUCUUUGUACUCGCUAGCUGCAAACAUUUUGCUAUUCAUUUUGGUCGGCAGAAGCGUUGAAAUGCGCACAUUUCCCAGCUACUGGAUUAUAAUUUCCUCCACUAUAUGCGAAACUAGCAUGAGCAUGUUUGUUUUGUGCUAUGCGAUUCCAUCAAUUUUACUACAUGACAAUCUCUCCAAAAUUGAUGCACUCACCAACUUUUGGAUGAUACUAUCUUAUAAUUUUUUUUGGUACACAGCAGUUAUUCACUUUGCUUUGAUGGCAAUCAACAGAUUCAUCUGCAUUGUUUGUCCCGCAUAUUACCCAUCACUAUUUUCCAAGAGGAAUACUGCUUGCCUAUUAGGGUUAUGCUACUUUUUGGGACUUAGUUUAUCUCUUCCUAUGCUCCUACCAUGCUGCUACAUAUUGUGGGACUCGUACAACUAUAUAACAUUUUAUGUUGAUCCAGAAACAUGGUACAGAUUUGUGGAUCUGGGAUUGAACACAACGGUUCUAACAAUAUCGAUAGUUUUCUACGCUGCUGUACUGAUGAAAAUUCGCAGACUUCGUCAACAAUCUCAGUUUCUUGCUGUGUCCUUAGUUUAUGUGCUGACAUGGACAUCAUGGCAGUGGUUACCUUGUGUGUCGCUAUCAAAAUGGAUUUACUUCGCGAUGAUGACAUUUUCCGUUUUCAGUAAUGCAGCCAAUCCAACCAUCUAUCUAGUGUUCAACAAAAAUUUGCGUCAUAAAGUGCUGGACUUACUGUUUCGCAGAAAUUGCAAUUCAUCUACGGUCACUAUUACAGUAAAACCAUCUAAGACCACCAAGGUAAGUGAGCAGAUAUGAUU